CUGUAGCCAUUCAGAACUUUUAAUAGCAGAGCUCUGGACAUUUCUUCAUUGUCGGGACCACGUCCAUUUUUUCCAGUCUGAUCUAAUCUAUCUGUUUCUGAGUGCAGCAGCUAAUAUCAGAUUCUGAUGUGGUCCGAUGCUCCAAUGAUACAAACACAACGCGCGCGCUGUCUGAUCAGGGGCUAUUAACCGCACACACACACACACACACACACACACACACACACACACACACACACACACACACACACACACACACACACACACACACAGUACACACGCACUCACACAGUACACACGCACUCACACACGCGCACCGCACCGAGAACAGCAGAUAUUCCUGAGUGUCUCCUGCGGAAGACUGAACACGCACACACACACACACACACACACACACACACACACACACACACACACACACACACACACACACUCGCACCCAGAUGUUCAUCUGUCGCUUCUAUUUUUUACCCGGAGAGGAAAUAAUCCCAUUUCCGAGCAACAGAAAUGUUCAGUGAAUGUGAUGGAGCUGUGAAAAUGCUGGAUGAUCCGAUUCGCAAGGUCAUGGCCUGUUGAACACCAUUAGCCCUCAUCACGUCGGUCCAGCCAAGGUCAUCGCUUCCUUCGUGCUCCCGAUCCCCCUGUCCCUGUUUCCUCCUUAAACCUUGAGGCAGUCACGUAGUUCCGUGUGGGAAGGUGGUAUACCAUGGAAAACCUGAGUGAGCUGCAGAACCCUCUGCUUGACAAGAACAGCAAGCACGUGGUCAAAGUCGACUACGGCUACAGGAGUGACUUCCCCAGCAGCCAGUACCAGGAGAACAUCAUCAACUACUUUGUGACCAGCAGCGGAGGCAGAGGUGGAGGUGGAGGAGGAGACGGAGGAGGUGGUGGUAGUGUUGGAGGAGUCGGUGGUCAGGUUGGGGUCACGGCGAUGAACGGUAAAGCUAAGUCUCAGCUCCUGGAUGCCACUUCUCUCCACCUAGCAGUGGAAGCAUUUUACAAGCCCAACUUCAUCCUCUACAAGGAUGAGGUCACCAUCAAGGCCAAGGACUACAAAAGCGAGUGCUGCGAGACCACAUUUACUGAAAAGAAAGAGAAGGAUGUGUGCGUUGAGACUCCCAGCGCUGAAGAUUCACAGGCUAAGCUCCUGGACGAGAACGAAGUGAAGAUCCAGACCGUGUCCUAUGAAGUGGAGGAGGAGGAGUACGUCGAGUAUGAGACAGACUGCUCCAGCGACAGUGAGAGUGAAGAUAACUUCAUCGUCGUUCCUCCUCGUGAUCAUCUGGGCCUGGCCAUCUUCUCCAUGCUCUGCUGUUUCUGGCCUCUGGGCAUCGCAGCCUUCUACUUCUCUCAGGGGACCAGCAAAGCCGUGACGAAGGGCGACUUCUCAUUGGCCAGCAUCGCGUCACGGCGAGCUCUGUUCCUGGCUGCUCUGUCCAUCACCAUCGGCACCGGGGUGUAUGUGGGGGUCGUGGUGGCCCUCAUCGCCUACCUCUCUAAACCGGGGCAUAUAUAGCAGGAGUGAUCAGGGACCGGAAACUGCAGGAGCUCUGCACACUGACACCACUGACACACCCCGCUUCUCAUUUCCUUUUGCUCUGAGAGAGAGAGAGAGAGAGAGAGAGAGAGAGAGAGAGAGAGAGAGAGAGAGAGAGAGAGAGAGAGA